CAACCAGGGCAGUAGAAAUCCUGCGAAGCAAUGGUAAUGGCCGAAGGUCUUUAUUUCUUCAUGGUAGAGCAACUCACCAAACAAAACCAGCUUUGGCUGCCGAAUAUACUAGUUCAUAUCACCCCUGAUUCUUCUUUCUUCCCCAUUUUUGCUUCUCCUUGUACGGUGGUAGAUUUGGUUUCUUCUCCGACAAAGCUUGCUAUCGCUGUUCUUCUGUCGCACCCUCUAUUGUCAAAAUCUCCACUCUACGCUAGUGCCGUCGGCACAUUUGCAUUGUUCCUUGUUGAUUCGUGCCUUUUGGUCCAGCCUCCAACUCCUCUAAGCCACCACGCCACUUGGAGGAGGUUGAAAUCCAGCUUUUACUGGCCCCACAGCAUCAACGUCCCCACUACAGAGGUUUCUGGUAAGAAAACAGCCACCAAUUCCUCUCUUCAGCUCUAAAUUGGCUUGGGUUCACUCUACUUGCUUUUAUUUCUGUCAAUUUCGUGUUAGGUUUUGAUCAUUUUGUCACCCUAGCACUUGGGUUAAGCUUUUUGUUCUGUGCGAUUUAAGGCAUGCUAAAAAUUUUACCCAAGGGCUAUCCAUAUUUACUUACUAAGUUAUCUCAUAAUUUUUCCUUGUCCACCAUUUUAGGAAGCGAAGUCAAGGACGGGGAAAAACGAGGGGAGUGACGAGUUAGAAGGCUAGCCAUCUUGUAAAUUGAACAUGGAUUUUAGAUAUAAAUCAUGAUCUUGUAA